AUGCCCGAUAAUGAGACUGCAGUUACAAAUAAAUUGAUUCUCGAGGAAAUCAUUAGGACUAGGAGCGAACUGAAGAACUCUAUUGAAGCAAGUGAGGCGAGGCUAUUGUUGAAAAUAGAAGAAGCGAAUAACAAAAUAAAGGAACUCGAAGAGGAGAACGACAAUCUCAAAGGAAAAAUAGAGUAUCUUGAAAGAGAUAAGAAGAAGAAGAAUAUUAUAGUAUUCGGACUAAACAGAGCAAGUGAGAAUAUAACACUCGAAGUAAUUUGCAACGAAAUUGAAACGUUACUAGACGUCGAAGUAAGCAAAUCAGACGUAAGUGACAUAUAUACCAUAGGAAAAGGUCAAAACCGUCCGGUGAAAAUAGAAUUCACAAACUAUAUGAUAAAAAACUUAAUUCUCAAAAACUGUUUCAAACCGAAGGGUAAACAUAUCAAAAUUGCGAACGAUCUCACACCUAAACAAAGAAAAGAAGGAGAAAUACUGAGGAAACACCUUUCUCUUGCUCGUCUAGACGAAAACAAUAAGAACUGUUACAUUAAAGGAAACAAACUCAUAGUAGAUAAUAAAUCAUAUGCACCAGAAGACCUCGAGAAAAUAGUGAUAAACGAAGACACUAUCCCAGCAAGACCAAAUAGUGCACCAGCAACACCUACUCUCCAAUUAACAAAUCACGCUAUCGUCAAGAAACAAGAACAAACUGCCAUAAACAAACCUAUCAAUAAAGCAGAAUCAUCUGUUAAGGUUGCAGAAACUCCUAGAAAUAAAAAACAGGAAAAGGAAAUUCCUGCAAUUGGUAUACCAAAAGUUACUAGAAGCCGAACAGGCUCUAGCUCAAAUAAUAAAUUAUAA